AUGAACGGUUUAGAAAACCAGCUUUUUCAGUUAAAGUUUACAGCGAAACAACUCAAUAAACAAUCCAAGCGCUGCCAAAAAGAUGAAACAACCGAGAAGAACAAGCUGAAAAAAGCCAUCCAGGACGGUAACAUGGAGGGUGCUCGCAUAUACGCCUCAAAUGCUAUCCGAAAGAAGAAUGAAUCCUUGAAUCUGCUCAAACUAUCCUCUCGUAUCGAUGCCGUCGCAAGUCGUGUUCAAACUGCCAUCACCAUGAGAAAGGUAUCUAAUUCAAUGGCUCAAGUGGUUCGAGGCAUGGGAAGAGCGAUGGAUACAAUGAAUUUAGAGCAGAUCUCCAUGGUGAUGGAUAAAUUUGAACAGCAAUUCGAAGAUCUUGAUGUCCAAACAGGCUACAUGGAAGGCGCAAUGGCAGGCACAACUACCAUGAACACACCCCAAGAUGAGGUUGAUUCGCUUAUGCACCAAGUUGCAGAUGAACACGGGUUGGAGUUGAAUGACGCUUUGAAUGAAUUGGAGCCAAGCAAGGUCUUGAACGAACCCAAGCAGAAAGAGAAGGAAAAGGACGAGGAUAGACUGUUGACGGAAAGACUAAAAGCCUUGAGACAAUAA